CUCUCCGUAUAUAAACCAGGGCGGGGCAUGCCUUUUUUCUUCGUCAGGAAAUUGUGCACCACUGACGCAUUUGCCCUGCGAUGUCCUUCGUAGUUACAGUUUGACGAUUCUGGUUAUGUUAGCUGCCGAAGACCGGGAAGCUGAGAGCCUCCGCUCCUACCCCCGUGCUCUCGGUUUUCCCCGCCUGAGGUUCUUCCGUUACCGGAGAUUGAGGUGACCGACGACCGACACAUAUCCGCGAUUUCCCUUGUUGUCCUUUCGCUGGUGUAUAUAUAAACUGCAUAUAUAUAGAUUGUUGGUUAAUUGAUAUUUAUGCGGAAUUCUAAGAAUCACCGAAGGGGUCUCGAGGAGAAGAAUCGGAGAGGGAAACUGGCGGAGAAAGCGUCGUCGUUCCACGGGCGAAGUCCACUGACUAUGCCGGCCGAGCUUCACCGACCGAAGACCCUGCCGGACUUGAGCUCCGCGUGGAGAAUCGGCGGGAUGUCGCUGGAAGCGCGGCCAAAGCUGACAAAACUGUUGCUUAACGUGACGAUACAGGGGAGCGUGGGGGCAGUGCAGGUGGUGAUGACGCCGGAAUCAACGGUCGGAGAUCUCGUGGCGUCGGCCGUACGGCAGUACAAGAAGGAAGGUAGACGCCCGAUCUUGCCUACCGCCGAGCCCUCCGCCUUCGACCUUCAUUAUUCGCAGUUCAGUUUAGAAAGUUUGGAUCGGGAGGAGAAGCUGAUGACUCUGGGAUCCAGAAACUUCUUCCUGUGCCGGAAGAAGGCCGGGAACGCCGGCGGCCAUGGCGGAACGACUCCGCCGCCGGCGGCGUCCUCUUCUUCUUCUUCGUGCUCGACGCAGGCCGAGAAAGCUUCGAAGGUGGGCCUUUCAUGGUCCAAAUUCAUGGAUUUCCUGCUGUGAAUCGUGGACCAGCCAACUUGCGCAGUAAUUAUUUUUUUUCCCUGUUUUUAUUUUUUAUUUUUUAUUUUUCAUGAAUCUGUAAAAAUAGCCAUUGGAGUAGGGUCACGCGCCCCUCUGAGGGUGUCUCUCAAAUUCCAAAAUUAGCAAUUUUUCCCCCUAGGGGCACCUUGGUUCAAAUUCAUGACUACUUUUAAGCCAUGGAUGAUAGGAUGGUUCUUCUUCUUAUUAUUGUAUUUGUAGUACUUCUCAUUUUAUUGUUAAAAAAAAAAAAAGUUAUUGUAA